AUGAGCUCGCCACCGCGCCCCAAACCCAAGACAAGCCGCGCCCGACCGCUUGUGCGGUCCAAAACAGGCUGUCUGACAUGCCGAAAACGAAAGAAAAAAUGCGACGAGAACCACCCCAUCUGCAAGGGUUGCCAGCGUAACCAGCUCGAGUGCGUCUGGGCCGUACCCAGCACAUCGAUUCCGGCCGUCAGCUACAAGCCGCUGGAGAUGGACCUGGCGGAACAACAACAGACACAACCCUCGAUACGACACGGAGAACUUCCCCAUGAAACUGUCCCAUGGGGCAGCCCACCUCCUCAACAACAGCACCAUCAUCAACAGCAUCAGCAACAUCAUCAUCAACAUCAUCAGCAACAACAACAACAACAACAACAUCUACAUCAGCAGCAGCAGCAACAACAACAGCAUCAGCAGCAGCAUCAACAGCAUCAGCAGCAUCAGCAACAACAGGAAAUCUUUCCACAGAACAUUCAAAUGCCGACAUACAUUUCUGACCCGGACAAACAAGAAGAAAUGGACUCAAACAACGACCAAGACUCGCCACCAACCCUACAAUCGACGCCGCUGCAGUCCAUUUUGACCAUGUCACGUGAUCCAACGUCGGACAUUACACGUGACAUGUCCAAGCUGCUUAACUCCGCUUCUUCAGACACCUUCUAUGGCUUCAUGAAGUCGCAUGAGAAACGCUUUCUGGAAGCAGUCAUGCAGUUCAAUCUCACAGAGUCGCCGUAUUCCAACUAUGCUUUUCAAUUUGCAGGUCUGGAUCUGCAGCCCGACACAGUGAAGCUGUAUGAUCGGUUUCUAACCCGCUUUGUGCCCGUCAUCACUCCUCCCCAUAGCCAUCCGGAUCUUUCGUCCUGGGCAGUUUUAAUUCCGCUAGUGUUCAAAUCUCCGGAGAUUUUGCAGCUCUCGUUCGCCUGCGGAGCUCUGGAUUUGGCCUGGCAUGAUCCAGAUAUGAUGAAGACGGUCCAGAAGCACUAUCUGGCGGCAAUUCGAGCCCUGCGAAACAAAAUUGCGUCUCGCGAAGUCAACGGCAGUGAAGACUGGCUGUUUUCAAUCGUCCAGCUGCUGACCACGUUUGAAAAGCAUUUCGGAAGCCCAACUUCGGCGGUUGUACGUCAUCUCAGUGGAGCUCAACGAGUUCUCAGAGAACGCCAGCUCAAACGGGUCUACGAUGGAGGCGAAAUCUUUGCGCUCAACAAAAACGACCGUGUUCUGAUGGAAGCGUUCCUCUACAACUACUCUGUGGCCAUUCUCUUUUGCAAGAAAAGCGAUCUGGUUUACCUGAGUCCUCCCUCGGUGUUUGACGAGUUCAGACCGUACCUUCAGGUGGCUCUUUACGAGACCCAAGUGUACUGGUCCAACAAUCCCAUUCUCGGAGCUGGGUUCAUUGUGUUUGAAAUGUGUGCGAAGAUCAGCUGGAUCGCCCGCAAGGAAGUACUCACAAUCGAGGACUCGCAGAAUAUCAAGUCGUACAUCCGAGCCCUCGAAAUAUGGUCCGUCCCAGACAUUCAAAAGACACACAUGACCGAUGAGCUCGAGUACCACAGCUUCAUGCAGCACAUGUACGCCUCCCGGGUGAUGCGACAGGCCGUCAUUCUGCUAGCCAAGAAACUGCUCAACCCAGACCUCCAGGAAACAUCAGAGGAGGUUGUAGGACACGUGACCGCGGCCGUUGAGGAGCUUAAGUCCAUCGAGCUCGGCUCCUACGUGUCCUGUAUCAUUGGCUGGGCCAUGGCCAUCGCCGGAUGUGCCGCCACGGAAAAAACACACCGAGAGCUGUUCAAGUUCCGCGUCGAAAAGUUUGGUGAAAACUCCAGAGCCGCCAUCUUCAGACAAGUUAUGAAGCUUUAUGGGCUGGCCUGGGGCCUGGGAGAGGACCAGAAGGAGCUGGGACUGGACAUUAUUUAUGAGAGAGACGUGCUGGAGAGUAUGGCUUUGUAG